UUUUAUAACCACAUCUUUCGAGUCACGGAUGCGGGUUAGACAAUCCACCGGAACAAGGCUUGAAGCCCCCACCUUUGUCGUCCUCCUGACUGGCCAGCCUUGAAAAGCACUGACCGACGUGUUUCCCCAUUUAAAGCUCAAACACAAGCCGCCUGGUCGUCAGUCAGUUGAUUAUUGAAGCAGACUCAGCGACCAACACACCAUCACAUUGCACACUAUCGCCAUUGCCACCGCCGUCGCCAUUCAUCAUCAUCAUCAUCAUCAUCACUGCCAUUGCUUCCAACACCAGCAUAAGUCAACCAACCUCCUUGCCCUUUGCGCCAUGUCGAGCAAAAACACAUCAGCAUCGAACCGCUCCUCGAGUGAAAGAGCCCAAAGUAAACUCCCAAAGCCAGAAUCUUCGGGGCAAGAUGGAGACGGCCAAUAUUACCGCCCCAACCCGUUCCUCUAUUUCCCUGGCGCCACUUUUGAAAUCCAUUCACAUCUUCCGCCUGACCCAUUCGGAUACCCUUACCCCAACAACACGCGCAGUCCCAUCCCCGACGAGGAGCUGGAAAGUGGGGACGGGCCGCGUCACAAACUGCGAGUGGUCAUUGCUAACCCUCCGGCUGAGCUUCCGCCUCAUGUCCGGGCAAAGAUAGCUUUCACCCACAAACAUCAAUCGCUCACAGUUGUUGGGCCAGUUGGGGACAGGGCCGGCGGCGCGCGUCUUGUCCGCUGCUACCUUGACUCUGAUAAAAGCCACCACUAUGUCGCGAAGAUCUACGAUGCCAUGGGCUACCCCUUGAGCGAACUUGACGCCUCUGACUUCUGGAUGGACUGUAUGUGGGCCGCCGACAUGGACUACACUCGCGAGGCCUGGGCAUACGAACACAUCCCGCAAGAGCUCCAGGGGUCUCUCGUGCCACGCUAUUUCGGCUCAUGGACCAUGUUUGUUGAGACCGGCCUCCCCGAGCCGCAGCCAGCCCGUAGGCCAGUACGCCUGAUUCUCCUCGAGUUCAUCGAGGGAGAUAACAUGGGUGCCAUUAUCAACCGCGCAGUCAGGCAGGCCGAAAAAGAAAAAAGGCCCUCGCACCACCAGUUCUUGCCCCUCGAGCUAGACCGGCUCGACCACAUGUUCCGUAUUGUCGAGGCUGACAUGACGCUGUAUUGGCGCGCCCAUAUACGACAUAACGAUAUUUACCCACGGAAUGUCAUGAUUACAAACAACCCAGCCAGACCCAUCGUCAUUAUAGACUUCAACUUGGCGACCGUGUACCCGUCCGACUCGGAUCACUUCAAGGACCACCCCCUGCUGCCCAUCUCACCCAUCGAGUUUUUCCGCCCCCAACUCAUGUUCCAUGAAGGAGGUUGCUUUAGGAACUGGAGUCCCGGGGGCUGGAUGAAUCCCAACGACAAUGGAGAGACGAGCUAUCGUGAAGCCAGCCGGUGGGUAUUCAGGCACUGGGCGGGAUCAAGCCGGUAUGAGCCCUUGACCGACUUUUUCCUCCAACAGAUGAAGAGGUCAAGUCUUGAGGAGUGGGAAUACUGUGUUGCGCAAAUCAAGCGGCGUGAGAAGGAAAGGCAGUAGACAUCACUCGCAAAUCCAGAAUGUGGUUCUGCGAUGUUGCAAUUGAAUAGAACCACGGGUUUUCCGACCGCAAGUUCCGCCCUCUAUCGAUAAUAAUGUCGGUGGUAAAGCGUGCCUACGAUCCAAUCACUGUACGUUUGUUGGCGUGGUACUUAAAGAAAAGGAAACAAUAAAUCAACCGGCUAAAA